UAAUAUUCCAGGGUUGUAAACUGUUGUUUUGGAUUAAGGUUAGAAAACCUGCUUCACAAAUCGCUGUGAAAAAGUGGAAAAAUCUUAAUUUUAUUGAACUGGUUCGUGCGCGAAAAGAACAAAUUCAACUCACGUUGCAAUUCACGCCUCUGCGCCGUUCUAAAAGUAGGCUCGGAAAGUGCAAAACACUUGAAGAACCCCAACGCGUCUAUAAAAACUCGGUGUUGAAAACAGAUAAAAAGGAUUCCAAAUCCUUUUUCAAGUUCCGGAAAGCAAUCGACCUACUCUCAAUUAACACUAGUGCUCUACAUUAAUCUGCGGCCAAGAUCAGGGUGUCUCGAAGGGCACAUCCUCUACCACGAACUUGAAAAGGAAAAUAGAAGCUGAAAAAGAGCGUUCUACGAAACAAAAAUGGGGAAAGGUUUUAAUAACUACAUGUGCAAGAAGUUUUUCCAUCCGGCAUCCAGGGAUAACCUCAAGCGAGUAUGGAUGGCGGAACAGCAAGCGGAGGCAUACAAAAAAAAGCAGGAAGAAUUACGGAACCAGUAUGAGAAAGAGCAAGAGUUGCAUGAUAACAAAGCGAUGCUCAGCAAAGACAGCAAGGAUAAGUUGAGCGUCAAUUUUAUGUAUGAGUUGCCCCCGGGGAUGAGGAAAGAACAGGAGCCAGAAAGUAGCGAGGCCGAGUUUAAGUUUGAAUGGCAACGCAAAUACAACGCGCCGCGCGAAAGCUACUGUAAAGGAGACACGGAAAUCCGGGACCAACCGUUCGGCAUACAGGUGCGAAACGUGCGUUGCAUUAAGUGUCAUAAAUGGGGCCACAUAAACACGGACAAAGAAUGCACCAUGUAUAGUUUAUCGAUGAGCGAAGCGAAAAAGAUUCAUUCCGAGGCUGAAGCGAACCAGAUACUAUCCAAGGGAGAAUUGGAGCAACAGCUUCGGGACGAUGGGUUGGCAAUGAAGCGUAGUGCCCAAGAACUAGUUACUUCUCACAAGCUAAUAGGUGAACCUGAAGGAGAGCAGACAGCACCAGAAACGGAAUUCAUACGGUCGUUGACGAAAAAGCAGAAAAAGAAACUAUUGAAGAAACUAGAGAAAAUUGAAAAGCGUCAAAGAUCGGCGAAACGGAAGCAUCAUAAGAAAUGUUCCUCUAGCUAUGCUAGUAGCAGAGAUUCAUCUUCAUCGUCAUCAGAUGAGUCCGAUUCUGCGCAAACGAGAAAGAUAAACAAAACAUCGCUGCAUAAAAAUGGUCAUCAGCAUAAAGAGCGCAAGAGGCAUCGAAGCCGUUCAAGGUCCCCCCAUACAAGUCAUUCUCGCCAUGAUCCCCGUAAGGGCAGAGAGACAAAGCGAUUCGGCAGAUAAUAUCCAUGCUAAUGCUAACA